AUGCAUCGCCUAGCUGCUGCCAUGCUCGUGUUGCUCUGCUGCUGCUGCUUGUUUCUCGCCACGCAGCAGCAGCAGCUCCAGCCAGCCGCCGGUGGUAACAGAGCGAGCCCGAGCUGCAUACCACAUGAGAGGGACGCCCUGCUGGCAUUCAAGCACGGCAUCACCAGCGACCCUGGCGGCGUCCUCAGCUCGUGGCGGCGAGACGGUCGCCACGACGAGCAAGACUGCUGCCGGUGGAGAGGCGUCCGGUGCAGCAACCGAACUAGCCACGUCCACGAGCUUCGACUUGGACGUGGAGGCACCUUCCCACCAGAAUAUUUGGCCGGCCAGAUAAGUCCUUCUUUGCUUGCUCUGGAUCACCUAGAGCACCUUGACCUCAGCGGGAAUGAUCUAGAAGGGCCAACGCGUCGUCUUCCCGAGUUCUUGGGCUCUCUAAAGAAUCUCAAGUAUCUUGACCUCUCUGAAAUACCAUUCUACGGUGGCGUGCCUCCCCAGCUUGGCAACUUGUCAAGGCUGCAGUUUCUAGAUCUUUCCAACUUUAGGGGAGGCACGAACUCGACGAAUCUCUCAUGGUUAACACACAUUCCUUCCAUACAAUAUCUUAACUUGGGCGGAGUGAACCUCAGUACAGUAGCGGAUUGGCCUCGUGUCAUGAAUAUGCUUCCUUCUUUGAGGGCCCUCCAUCUUUCAUUCUGCUCUCUUGCAAGCGCAAACCAGUCGCUGCCACACCUGAACCUUACAAAUCUCGAGGAGCUGGAUGCCUCUCAGAACUCCUUCCACCAUCCAAUGGUGACCAGCAGGUUCUGGAACAUAACAAGCCUUAGAUUCCUUCACCUCAACUACACUAGUAUGUACGGUCAAUUUCCGGAUGCUCUUGGAGACAUGACAUCCCUGCAAGUCCUUGAUCUUUCAUUUAAUUAUUAUGAUGGUGACUAUGACGAUGGGAAGGACCGCAUCAUGACCAUGGAUCUGAAGAAUCUAUGCAAUUUGGAGGUUCUCAACCUUGAAUUGUCUCACUUAUAUGGCGACUUAGCUGAGCUGUUUAGGAAUCUACCUCGAUGUUCACCCAACAAAUUGCAAGAAUUAUACCUCGGUUGGAACCAUUUAACCAGGAUGUUACCAAGAUGGAUAGGGCAAUUCAUGAGCUUGGUUGUUCUGGAUCUAGGUAGGAACUACAUCACGGGACAUGUUCCAUAUGAGAUUGGUAAGCUUAGUAAUCUGACCAAUCUGGAUCUAAGUAUAAAUAAAUUGGAUGGCACGAUAACCGAGGAACACUUUGCUAGUGCAAGGAGCUUGCAAUAUAUAGGCUUGUCAUAUAAUGCCCUGAAGAUUGAGAUCAGCUCGGACUGGCAACCACCAUCUACAUUAGAGUAUGUAUCCUUUGCAUCCUGCCAGAUGGGCCCACUGUUUCCUGGGUGGCUUCAGUGGAAUGUGAGCAUCGCCUAUCUUGAUAUCUCGAGUGCAGGCAUAGCUGAUAGGCUUCCACAGUGGUUCUCCGAUGCCUUUUCAAAUGUUUGGUUCAUGAACAUCUCCAACAAUCAACUCAACGGAACUUUGCCGGCUGAUAUGGGCUCCAUGUCACUUCAGGAACUCUACCUCAGUUCAAACAAAUUAACUGGUCAGAUACCCAUGCUGCCACCAAACAUACAAACCUUGGACUUAUCCAAUAACUUGUUGUCAGGACCUCUGCCCUCUGCUACUAGAUGA